AUGCCCAGAAUAUUGUGUGUGGCGGAGAAGCCGUCCAUAUCCAAAGCCGUGGCAGGCCAUCUUUCGGGAGGCCAACUCCAAACACGCAACACUCGGAACAAAUAUAUCAAGAACUACUGUUUUGACUUCGAUUUUGGCCCACCAUGGGGCAACUGCAACGUGACUAUGACCGCCGUCACUGGGCAUCUCACAAGCACAGACUUCGAUUCUGGCUACAAGAACUGGAACUACCCACCUCCCGUCACGUUGUUUGGUGCUCCAAUUACCACUUUUGUUUCAAAUGACAAGGGUGAUGUCGCCAAGAAUAUCGAAGAGCAAGCUAAGUACUGCAGAGCCCUGUUUAUUUGGACGGAUUGUGAUCGGGAAGGGGAGCACAUCGGAGGUGAAAUUCGCGAUGCAGCCAAGAAAGGCAAUCCCCAAAUUGAAGUCAAACGAGCUCAGUUCAGCAACAUUGAAAGGGCUCAUAUUCUCAACGCGGCUCGCCGUUUGAGGGAUCUCGAUCAGAGGCAAGUGGAUGCUGUCCAGGCUAGAAUCGAGUCGGAUUUACGGACUGGUUACGCCUUUACUCGAUUCCUCACCAACAGUCUACGCUCGCUUGGUGGGCCCAUUCAAAACUCCAUGAUCAGUUACGGGUCUUGUCAAUUUCCUACUCUGGGCUUCGUCGUAGAUCGAUACUUCAAGGUACAGAACUUUGUGCCAGAAAAGUUUUGGGGUAUCAAGGUGACACACAAAAAGGACGGUCUCAGCGUGACUUUCAACUGGGAGCGCCACCGUCUCUUUGACAGGGCUGCGGUCACGAUUCUCUACGAAAGGUGUCUGAGCGCAAAGAAAGCGAAGGUCGUCAAGGUCCAGGAGAAACCUACCAAGAAGUGGAAGCCUUUGCCCCUGACUACUGUCGAGCUGCAGAAAAUGGCAACCCGUUUCCUGCGAAUGACGGGUCAACAAGCCCUCACUGUGGCCGAGAGCCUGUACAACAAGGGCUUCAUCAGCUACCCGAGAACAGAGACGGACCAGUUCGAUAAAGGCAUGAAUCUCCGGGAACUUGUCCGGAAGCAAACGCAGGACAACCGCUGGGGACAAUUCGCCCAGGACCUGGUUGACAAUUCCUUUCAACAGCCGAGGAAUGGCCGCCACAAUGACAAGGCUCAUCCUCCAAUCCACCCUAUUACUUACGCAGCUCCUUCCAUUUUGAGCGAUCAAGAGAAGACUCUCUACGAGUUUGUGGUCCGUCGAUUCCUUGCGUGUUGCUCCGAAGAUGCAAAAGGCACCGCUACGGAUGUGGACAUACUGUACGGGGACGAGGGCUUCCAUGCCCACGGAGUCAUCGUCUUGGAACGCAACUAUCUAGACGUAUACCCCUACGAAAACUGGACGAAUACCGCCGAGCUGCCAAACUUUACCUUGGGAGAAGUGUUCGAGCCUACAGAGGCAAUGAUGACCGAAGGCAAGACGACGCCACCAGGAUACCUGACUGAAGCCGAUCUCCUGUCUCUCAUGGAUGCAAACGGCAUUGGCACAGAUGCGACAAUGGCAGAGCAUAUUGAGAAGAUCCAGGUGCGAGAGUACGUCCAGGCCGUGGAUCGAGCACAGCCGGCAGCGGGCGACGGAGAAAACGAGGAAGAAGCUCCAUCCACAAGAGGAGGACGAGGCGGACGGGGCGGCCGAGGUGGACGAGGCAGCCGCGGUGGCCGGGGAGGUCGAGGCGGAGCCGCGCGGGGCGGAGGGGGCGGCAGAUCCGUGAAGGUCUUCAUACCGACACAGCUCGGCGUGGCUCUCAUCGAGGGUUUCGAUAGGAUGAACUUCGAGACGAGCCUCGGCAAGCCAUUCCUGCGCAAGGAGAUGGAGAUCAAGAUGAAGGCGAUCUGCGAGGGCAGGACCACCAAGGAGGACUUCCUGCGGGACAAUCUACAGCAGUACCGGGCGGUCUUUGACCAGUCGGCGGAGCAGCUGGAUGUGCUCAAAGCUGCUUGUAGGCGGUACAUGUUCCAGGGCGCCGCUGGCUGA